AUGAUUCGCCUGUGUCGUGGAGAUAUUCAGCCGCAGUUGGACAGUGCCAUGCAGGAUGUCAGUGAUAAAUAUAUUCUGCUGGAGGAGACAGAGAAGCAGGCCCUGAGGAGGGCUCUCAUCGAGGACAGACAGAGGUUCUGCUGGUUCGUAGGCCUGCUCCGUCCUGUAGUGGAUGAGGAGAUUUCUAUGUUGGGAGAGGUCACCCAUCUCCAGGCAAUCUCUGAUGACCUCAAAGCCCUGACUUCUGACCCCCACAAGCUUCCCCCUGCUAGUGAACAGGUGAUCAUGGAUCUUAAGGGCUCAGACUAUGGUUGGUCUUAUCAAACGCCGCCCUCAUCCCCCAGCACCACCAUGUCCAGGAAGUCCAGCAUGUGCAGGUACGUUCCGUCGGCCAAUCACAACACUCAUAGCAGCAAAUAA